CCCCCAUCCCCGUCGCCCCAUUCCCCCGCGCGCCCUCCCCGAGGUGAGAUCACCGCCGCAUCCUCCUCCUCCUCCCGCUCCGACUUGCGCUCCCCAUCGCCACUCCACUCCGUCGACCUCGAGAGCCGCCCCAUGACCGCGUCCACGGGCCCCUAUAACUAGCCCCGGUCCCGGGUCAAACCCCUCCCGCCACCCGUCCCAGCACCACCCCCCUCAUUUGGAUGGAUUCGGCGGCCUCUACAAAUCGCUCCCCGCUGCGCCCCGCCGCCGCCGCCACCGCCACCGCCACCGCACGCCGAAGCAGCAGCUCCGCGCUUCCGAACCGUGUGGCGGCGAGCAGGCUUGGGGUCGCGCCCGGGUGCGGAGGAGGGCAUUUCGGAAAGGCACAGCGAUUUGGGUCCGUGCGGACUACCACGGCGAGAGCUCAGGCUGGUAAUGCUGGGAGAAUCGCGACCGAGGAAAAGGAAAGCGCAAUGGCAGGCACCGAAAUGCCCUUGAAAUAUUCUUCCGGCAAAGCAUCCCCUCUAGGAGUGUCGCAGGUUGAAAGUGGUAUCAACUUCGCGAUUUUCUCUCAACAUGCUUCUUCUGUCACUCUCUGCAUCAAGCUUGCUGAGAGAGGAACCAAGGAUGAAGAAAGUGAAAAACUUGUGGAGUUUGCUUUAGAUUGCCAGAAGAACAAAACUGGAGAUAUAUGGCAUGUGUUGGUGGAGGGGUUGCCCACUUCUGGAGUUCUUUAUGGAUAUCGUGUUAAUGGUCCUCAAGGAUGGGAACAAGGCCAUAGGUUUGAUAGCAACAUUAUUCUUCUUGACCCUUACGCGAAACUAGUUUCUGGUCGAAAUUACUUUGGUGUUGAUAAAGGGAAGCCAAGCCAGCCUUUUGGAACAUAUGAUUUUGAUAGCUCUCCUUUUGAUUGGGGUGCUGAUUACCAGCUUCCAAAUUUGCCUGAGACAGAUCUAGUUAUAUAUGAGAUGAACGUUCGCGCUUUCACUGCGGAUGAGUCAAGUGGGCUUGAUCCAGCUGUUCGUGGAAGCUAUCUAGGAUUCAUCGACAAAAUCCCGCAUUUGCUUGAACUCGGAGUUAAUGCAGUGGAGUUGCUACCUGUUUUUGAGUUUGAUGAGCUGGAGUUCAAGAGAUACCCUAACCCAAGGGACCACAUGGUCAAUACAUGGGGUUAUUCUACAAUCAACUUUUUUGCUCCCAUGACCCGCUAUGCAAGUGCUGGUGGUGGACCAUUGGCUGCUUCCAGAGAGCUCAAACAGAUGGUCAAGGCAUUGCAUAAAGCUGGUAUAGAGGUUAUUCUGGACGUUGUUUACAACCAUACGAAUGAAGCAGAUGACGCUCAUCCUUAUGUUACUUCUUUUCGUGGCAUCGACAACAAGGUUUAUUACAUGUUAGAUCCGAACAACAACUCUCAACUGCUGAACUUCUCGGGAUGCGGGAAUACACUAAACUGCAACCAUCCUGUUGUCAUGGAACUAGUACUCGACAGCUUGAGACAUUGGGUUAAGGAAUACCACAUAGAUGGAUUUCGGUUUGACCUUGCAAGUGUUCUUUGUCGCGGACCAGAUGGCAGUCCUCUUGAUGCUCCUCCACUCAUCAGGGAAAUUGCGAAAGAUUCUGUGUUAUCUCGAUGCAAGAUAAUUGCUGAACCUUGGGAUUGUGGAGGUCUUUAUCUAGUAGGGCGUUUUCCUAACUGGGACAGGUGGGCUGAAUGGAAUGGAAAGUAUAGAGACGACCUUCGAAGGUUCAUCAAGGGUGACCCUGGUAUGAAGGGGGUGUUGGCAACUCGUAUAUCUGGAUCCGCUGAUCUCUACCAGGUGAACCAGCGGAAGCCUCAUCACGGUGUGAACUUUAUAAUCGCACAUGAUGGGUUCACCUUAUGUGACCUUGUAUCAUACAACUUAAAGCACAACGAUGCUAAUGGAGAAGGUGGACGUGAUGGAUGCAAUGAUAACUUUAGCUGGAACUGUGGUGUUGAAGGAGAAACAAAUGAUUCGAAUGUGUUAGCUCUGCGUUCGAGACAAAUGAAGAACUUCCAUGUGGCAUUAAUGAUUUCUCAAGGCACCCCAAUGAUGUUGAUGGGAGAUGAAUAUGGUCAUACACGUUAUGGAAACAAUAAUAGCUAUGGACAUGAUACCUGCAUAAAUAAUUUCCAGUGGGAACAGUUGGCGGAAAGAAGAUAUGGCCAUUUCAGGUUUUUCUCAGAGAUGAUUAAGUUUCGUCAGAACCACCCAAUACUGAAACGGGACAGGUUUCUUAGUAAAAAUGAUGUCACCUGGCAUGAGGAUUGUUGGGAUAACUUGGAAAGCAAAUUCUUGGCAUUCACGAUACACGACCACAAUUCUGGUGGAGAUAUCUAUUUGGCAUUCAAUGCCCAUGACUAUUUUGUGGAUGCUGUGAUUCCCCCAGCACCUCAUCAUAAAAGCUGGAACCGUGUGGUGGAUACCAACCUGGAAUCACCAAACGAUAUUACACCGGAAGGGGUGCCACUUACUGGAUCCGGGUAUAGAAUUGCUUCAUACUCUUCCAUCUUGCUCAAAGCAAAGCCAUAGAUUGGAGGGGCACUGGCCAGUCUGAUGGAAGCAUACGAAUAAUGUCAGUUUCGGCUCAUUUUUGUGAGUUGUCAGUUGGUUAAAACAGUAUGCUGAUCUUGCUCUCUGAGCCCUAGACAACAUGCUGCAAAGCGUGACAAACUCUUGAGUUGGGAGUCGGGCGCAUCUCUGUGAAAAUCGACCGACGGGAGCUAUAGUUGCAACUCGUAUAUAGAGCUUUGUGUAAUAAUAGCACAUGCCAAGCACACUUUGUUUCCACUGUUCCACAUGUAAGUAGACUGAAGUUGCUAGCCAUUUAGUCGGGGACAAGAAGUCUCGAGGGAAUCUAGCCCAUAGCUAUCUGUUCUUUCAUUCUUCGAAUACCCAGCGAAUGGCUACCAAACUCUUUGUUCCUCUAAUAACGUGGCACCGAAAUGCCUUCGUUUGCAACUUAA